AACUCCAAAUAGCGUUUUUCUGACUAAUUUUAUCCUCUGUUUUUGUGCCAAAUUAUUUUGCACGCUUUACCAAGAAUUUAGCAUUCUUGCGACCAAAAUUGACUCCAAUUAGUUCAACUUAUUUGUUCAUAACUUUUGAACGAGUGAUCGUUGGAAGUUGUGUGAACCUCGUUAAAACCGUAUUUUCAUGCACUAUGCGAUAGUCGUAACAACGCUCCCUAGAUCUUAAGUAAAAAAAUGGCCUAUUUAAUGUGGGAGAAAUGUGUGGUGAUUUAUUAGCAUGUUUUCCAAUUAACUUGUUCAAAAAAAGAAAAAGAUGCUUAUGUUUUAAGUGUUUGAAAAUCGAAGACGACAUACAUUUUACUGUUAUUAAAUAGUUCAACAAAAAUACAAUUUUCUUGUAAUGUUGAUUUAGGACACUGGAAUUCAUUUUAACAUUGUUUAUUUAGAGAAUCUACACAUAAAAUUUUUCGUCUCCCGCUUAUUGCCAGGAACAUUAUGCUUAUGAAUUUAUGCUUGUACAUCUCACUCUAAUCAAGAUCACAAAUUGGACAGGCAAUGUUCUCGAAUUAUAAAUGGCGAGUGUAGAGCAAACAGCGGAAUAUGAUCCUAAAAAGACUGAAAAUCAUUUAAAGUUAAAACGCAUGUUAGAAUUGUCUACACUAUUGCUUCGAAAUGAAUUCCACAAAACGUUUAGUAAUUCACCAAGCACAUUGUUCAAUCAGUUAAAGAAAAAAAAAGGCCAUCUAAGCGAGUUGAGAAGACAGAAGAAAAUAAACACCUUGCAGUGGAAACUUUUAUACCCGUCAAAUCACCUCGUGGACUCCUCAAAGUUUGACGUUUCUCUUUUGUUUAUUUUACUGAAGAAGUUUUGUUUGGGUACGGAAAUACCAGUAAACGGAUGGGUAGGAAGCCCUGAUGAUGGCGACAACAGCCGUGCUGCUAGCAUUCUUCGCAUAUACCAUGCAAGAAACAACGUGCAACAUCUUAAUCUAGAAGUUUCCGAUCCUGAUUUUGAACAACACUGGAUCAUGUUUGAACGCGCUGCAAUAUCAUUAGGUGGUGAUGUAAAUUUGAUGCAGGAUAUCAAGAAUACUCCUGUUCUUCCAAAAUCUGUCCGCGGUAAGAAAUGGGAAGUUUUUGACCCGGUGACGACGUUUUUUGGACGGGAUAAGGAAUUACAAGAUCUUCACGUUAUCCUGAUGGAAGAAUCUACCCUGGGUGCUGCCGUAUGCGCUUUUGCUGGUGUUGGUAAAACUGAAUUGUGCAAAGCGUAUUGUCAAGAACAGAGCGCCAAUUACGAUGGAAAUCUUUUGUGGCUGAAUGCAGAAUCUAGAAACACAAUCGAGGAAAGCUUCCGUGAUAUUGCGCAGUAUUUGAAACAGAAGCUAACAGAUGAAGAAGGACAGCAGUUGAGCAUGAAAGUUUUAGUGAAAAAAAUCUUUCAGUACUUUACCAAUCAAAAAGCACUGUUUAUCUUCGACAACGUGAGACAUUUUACUGACAUUAAAAUGUUCCUGCCUGAUGAUAGUCUUGAGUUUCCGCCCAAAAUCUUAAUCACAUCUCAGAAUAAAGACUGGGGUGGGCGCAUUGCAAAGUUUGAACUCGACAUUUUUUCCGAAGAAGAGGCUGUUACAUUCCUGACUGAAAAUUUAGAAGACACCAAAUUUGAUGACAUGUUCUCUAAAAAAAGUCUAGCGGAGACCUUGGAGUAUCACCCGCUUGCUCUGCAGAUUACAGCUUCUUUCAUGAAACGUCGCAAUAUUUCCUGCCAAAAAUUUUUGGAAAUCUUUAAACAAAAUGCAAGAAAAAUAUUAGAGAGAUCCGUCACUGCGAAUACAGGUUACGCAAAGACAGUUUUAGCUGCUUUCAACACCUCUCUACUGACUGUUAGUAACCAUAACGAAGCUGCGAUGAGCAUGCUCCUUUUAAAUGCCAUGAGCCGCAUAGAUGGGAAGCGACUGGAAGAAGAUAUAUUAGUAAAGUUAUGUGAAAGCGCAGGAUUCGACAUGUUUGAUGUUAUUGAUGUAUUGGAGGAUAAUUCGUUUGUUCAAAUGAAGGCGACGAAGGAUGGAAAGGUGUUUUACACAAUGCACUCAUUGAUACAAUUGGUGGUGCAAUUGAGUGAAGAAAUUGCCUUGACAGAUUGCACGAAUGGAGAGAAAUUUCUAUUUUUUGCCGAAGAAUUGCUAGUGGGUGGUAGCAACGUUGUGAAUAUAUCACUAAAAGAAGACCAGAAUUGUUUUUAUGUGAAAAAGCUACUUAAUACCAUCCUGUCUUUGUAUGGCCAAGGUAACACACACGACUCCAUUCAGCGACAACUUGUUGGUGAUACAUUGAUUUACACGGAUGGAGACUGGCUUCAUCAUAUACUUUACCUGAUUAAAGGCAAUACACAGUCGGAGAAGGUUAUGAUUGAACUUGAGCGAUUGAAAAGCUCUGUCUUUCAUGUGUUGGUUAACAGAGGAACUUACAGUACCUUGAUGGACAUUCUAAAAGAAUAUUUCACCCAUGAGAAGAAGUUUAAUAACAAAGCAGAAUUGAUUAAUACCAAACGUUACAUUGCGAAAUGUUUUCGUUUGCAAGGUAAGUAUGAAAAAGCCUUGGGGCUGUUGGAUGAAAUCAGUGCUGAGGAAAAUUCGGAAACGAAACAUUUAAUAGCCAUGUGCGUUCUAGAUCAAGGACGCUAUGCUAUAGCUUUGUCAAAGUUCGAGGAAAAUUGUAAAUCUGAUGAGAGGAAAUAUGGAAAAAAUGAUUUGCGCACUUUGAGAAGUAAAUACAUGACGGCUAUGUGUUUGAGAAAUCAAGGUCAUUAUUUAAAAUCACUAGAACUGUUUCAAGAUAUUCACAGAGUCGAGAAAAUAAUAUUACCUGAAAAAGAUACAAACCCGCUUCUAACAAAUCACAUGAUAGGAGUUUGUUUACAAGAUUUAGGCCAUUACUUGAAAGCACACGAUAUUUUCAAGGAAAACUGUGAACUCCAAACUUCGAUACUGGGAAGAAGCCAUCCAAGUACCUUGCUCUCAAAACAUAUGGUAGCAAUAUAUUUACUAAGAAAGGGUAGAGGGUGGGACGCGUUUGAAAUAUUUAAAGAGAAUUAUGAGAUACAGAAGGAGAUUCAUGGUGCGCAUAACCCAGCCACGAUAAGAAGUCGGCAUAACAUGGCGAGAUGUGUCAACGCCGAAGGCAAAUACGAGGACGCUUUGGCAAUUCUGACGGAAAACUAUGAUAUUCAAAAGGCUCUAAUCACAGACGACCAUCCCAAAACACUAAGAACGAAACAUGUCAUGGCGAUGUGUUUACAAUUUCAAGGAAAAUUUGCUAAUGCGUAUGAACAGUUCUACAACUUGUAUCUACAGAAAGUUAAAGUAUAUACCGAGAAGAAUCCGUCAACGUUGAUAACACAGUUUCGAGUUUGUUGGUGUUUGUUGGAGCAAGGCUUGUACGAAAGAGCAUUGGCCAUGUUUCGGGAAAUCCGUAAAAAAGAAAUACAGCUGAUUAAAGAUAGUCCGAAUACUCUGGCUACAUGUGGUAUGAUUGCGUGGUGCUUGUUAUUCUGUGGUAAAUACAUGGAAGCUUCCCAGAUGUUUCAAGAUAAUUACGCAAAGGAGAAAGAGAAACUUGGUGAAUUGAGCCCUAGAAGUAUAAGAAGUCGCAAUAUGGUAGCUUUGUGUAUGAAACUGCAAGGAAAACGAAGCGAAGAACUUGAAGACUGCAAUCGUAACCAGGAUGAGGAACUACUCGAAAAAAUUGAUCUCGAUGAAUACUUAUGUCGGCACACUAUCGGUUUGUUUUUGAUAUGUAGAGAGGAGUACAGUCGGGCUUUGUCAGUUUUUCUCCAAAACUUAGAUGUACAACAAGGCUUUCAGAAAACAAAUCCUAUAAUUUUAAGAACGAAAUAUUUAAUCGGGUUUUGUCAUUUGCAACUAAACAAAACAUCUGAAGCAUUGGAAAUAUUACAAGCGAACAUGGAAGAAGUCUGUGAUAGUUACGAGCUCGUAAGAUUGAAGCAUUUGAUAGCUGUGUGUUACUGGAGAAAAGGAAGCACCACACAGGCUGUGAAACUGUUCGAAGAGAAUCUCAAAAUGAUUACGUCAUCGUUUAAAAAUAAUCACCGAAUAUUGCUGACCACGCAACAUGUGCUUGCUGUGUGUCAGGACGAAUUGAAAAAUCACAAGAACAGCAGGCAGUUGCUGGAAGACGUAUACGAAAGAAAAAAGGCAAUGUUGGGAGAAGCGAGUCCAUCCACAGUCAGAACGUCUAGAGUAAUCGAGUUUCUUUUUAGGCACGACAUACUUAAGACAAAUCUUACAAGUGGAAUGCGAGAGCACAAGGAAGAUUAUUCGGACGAGUGUUUGAUAUUUGACGAAUAUUUUUUAAAACCGCAGGAAUUAAUUGGCGAAAUGAACACAAUAUAUGCACAGUAUAUGAGCAAUGUUUGAUACUUAACAAUGAAUUUAUUUUUAACCAACUAACAUAAGAUUAUGUUUAAUAUACUAAGUUUUUAUCACGUUUAUAUAAUAUAUAUUAUCGUUGUUUUAAGGGUAUCCACUAGAUCUUAUCAUCUGGAGUAUUUUUCA